CCCCACCCCCUUCUAGAAAGGGCGGAGCCAGUGCCUGUGCCGGGAGGGUAGGGAAGGAGCCACGGCAGGCCGCUGCCACCUCUGGCUUCAUCUCCGCUGCCGCCGUCCGUAUGGCCCCGGCGUCUCACCUCUCGAGUUGGACGGGUGUCACCUCUCCAACCAGCCUAUCCGCUUCUUCCCCCACCUCCUCGGAGCCUCCUUACAGCUGCCACACCCUCGGAUCUGGCCUCGUCCUCGAGGGAGGAGGGGCGGGAGUAGAGUGCUGGCGGGAGAUGCCGGGGCCGGAGAGGAGGGACGAGAAAGGAGUCUAUUCCUCUGCUCCCUUGUUCCCCCCAGGGCCUAGGGUCUGGGCCCGGUGGCCCGCGACCGCCGGUACCCUUCGCGAAAGGGAAAUGGACCGGGAGAGGCGGGAGCCAGAAGUUCUGAAGAACCCAAAGAAAAAAAUGUCAAGACGAAGUAGCCGACUGCAAGCUAAACAGCAGCCCUAUACCAGUCAAACAGAUUCUCCCCAGGAAACUCAAUUCCUUCAAGCCAAAAAAAGGAAAACAGCUCAGGAUGUAAAGAAAAAAAAAGAGGAGACUGUGGCCAAGAGACAGCAAUAUGAAAUUAGGAAUUGUUGGCCAUCUGUGUUAUCUGGGGGUAUCACUCCUUGCAUUAUUAUUGAAACACCACACAAAGAAACUGUCACCAGUGACUUCUCCAGAUUUACUAAUUAUAGGUUUAAAAACCUUUUCAUAAAUCCUUCACCUCUGCCUGACUUAAGUUGGGGAUGUUCUAAGGAUGUAUGGUUUAAUAUGUUAAAAAAGGAGACCAAAUAUGUUCAUGACAAACAUUUUGAAAUGCUACACUCUGACUUAGAACCACAGAUGAGGUCAAUACUUCUGGACUGGCUUUUAGAGGUAUGUGAAGUAUAUACACUUCACAGGGAAACGUUUUAUCUGGCUCAAGACUUUUUUGAUAGAUUUAUGUUGACACAGAAGGAUAUAAAUAAAAAUAUGCUUCAGCUCAUUGGGAUUACCUCAUUAUUCAUUGCAUCAAAACUUGAGGAAAUCUAUGCUCCUAAAUUACAAGAAUUUGCUUAUGUCACUGAUGGUGCUUGCAGUGAAGAUGAUAUCCUAGGAAUGGAACUCAUUAUAUUAAAGGCUUUAAAGUGGGAGCUCUGUCCAGUAACAGUUAUUGCCUGGCUGAAUGUCUUUCUCCAAGUCGAUGCUCUAAAAGAUGUUCCUAAAGUUCUCCUACCUCAGUAUUCCCAGGAAACGUUUGUUCAAAUAGCCCAGCUCCUGGAUUUGUGUAUUCUCUCCAUUGAUUCAUUAGAAUUCCAGUAUAGAAUAUUGGCUGCGGCUGCUUUAUGCCAUUUUACCUCCAUUGAAGUUGUAAAGAAAGCUUCAGGUUUAGACUGGGAAAACAUUUCAGAAUGUGUAGAAUGGAUGGUACCUUUUGCCAGAGUAGUGAAGGGUGGUCCUCCGGUGAAACUGAAGGUUUUUAAGAAGAUUUCUGUAGAAGACAGACACAAUAUCCAGACACACACAAACUACUUGGCUAUGCUGGAGGAAGUCAAUUAUGUGUCAGCUUUCACAAAAGUGGGACAGUUGUCACCAGUGUGCAAUGGAGGCAUUAUGACACCACCGAAGAGCACAGAAAAAUCCCCAGGAAAACACUAAAGACCAAGUUAACUGACAACAUGCUGAGUGGAUUUGUUCUUACUUGACAGUAGAAUAUUCAAUUCCUUUUGGAGUACUAAAAAAGCUAAAACACAACUUUAGUAGUAGUCCUAACCAAUUCAGAAUUACACUGCCAUGAACGAGUUAAAAGCCUAGCCAUUCAGAAUUGGAAGAACCAUAGUUCAAAUCUUAGCUGUCCAAGAAACAGCUGAACUAGUUUGCAAACAUUAAUAUUUCAAUCCCAGGGUGAGUACAGAUCCAGGAACUAUGUAGUCAGAUAUAAUUUUUACCAUAGCUACAUUUUUGGGACUUGUGCAACAAAGUUCAUUCUGAUAAAUUAGGAAUGUUACUGUUUGAGAUAUUUUGGACUGGAUGAGUGCUACUUUAAAUUGUACUCGGUAAGUUCAAGAACUCAUUUGA